CGUGAGCUCGCCAGAGACCCGGAAGAGCCGCCGGGCUGGGGUCGCGCUGCGAUGCGGGCCGGCUGGGGCGCCGCGCACUCGGCCGCGGCCGGCCUGUUGGGGGCGCUGGCCGCCUGCUCCGCUAAACUGGCUCUGGGCGCCGGUUACCUGCGGGAGGCGUGUGCCGCAGCGGCCGGAGGGGAGGAGGCGGCCGCCGGCGCCUGUGUCUGGUUACAUGUGGUGCUCCGAGUAGGAUGUGUCGGUCUGGUGUUUGCGUGCAAUGCUGUCAUGUGGACCUUCUUUGCAAAAGCCCUGCACUACUCCUCUUCCUCAGCGACUGCCACGGUGACAACAACAGCCUCCAACUUCAUCUCUUCGGCUUUCCUGGGCAGGCUGCUCUUUGGAGAGACUCGUGCACUCUUGUGGUGGGUAGGAAUCAGCGUGACACUCUGUGGACUCCUGCUGCUGCACACAGCUUCACCUCAGACAGAACAGCAGCAGUUUGAAAAGAAGGACAAAUAACCUAAACCUGCUGGCAAGGCAAAGGUGGGAUAUGGCGUAUCGAAUCAUUGGCCCGAACUCUGCUCCUGUUCAUUCUUAUGUAAACUCUUUGACGUCGCUAGGGUUGCGUGGAUGUACUGGAAAGCAAGAUUUGGCUAAGAGUCUGUAGAGAUGGAAAAGACCUGUCAAUUCAUCUGCUGCAGUCUGUUCACUGACUGGGGUGGAUUGUUCCCCUGUCUAGUUCUAAAUGUCCCAAACAAUGGGUGUUCCACCGCUUUCCUUAGAGGCUCAUCACAGGAUACCUCACUGCUAGGAAGUUUUUUCUAUAUCUUUAGCCUAAAUAUUACUUGCAUCCUACGAGCCCCAGUCAUAUCUCUGUCCUAUUCAACACACUAGAAAAAAUUCCUCCCCCUCCUGGGUGUUUACAUUCGUCAUGUAUUUAUAGCCCGUUAUCAUGACUCCUCCAUUUUGUCAAUGCUUAACCGAGUUCCGUGCAUUGAAAUCUUUCCUCAUAAACCAAUCCCACUAGACUCCACAUCAGUUUUGUUGUUGAAUUUCCUCAAAUGUGUCAAUACUGUAUCUGUCCCAUAAGGUGCCCUGAUCGGAGUACGAUAUUCCUGGUGUAGUGAUAUCAGAGCCUUAUGGACCAUGACUGUUUUUCUUUUUCUAUGACAAUAGAGCUGUUUGGGGUUUUGGAAAGAGUGUUAAAUGUUAACAGUGGUGUCCUUUUACGUUUUCUAUGAGUCGAUAAGUUUACUUUGCCACUGGAGUGGAUUGCAUACAGGUCAGAAACAAAAAAAAAAUGGAAAACAAAACGAUGAAAUGGGGAAACUUGGGGUCCUUAGUAUUUCUGUAAAUAUUUAUAGGCUCGUAAGAGCCAGAGCAAAAGGACCAUCGUGUCUAUGCUCCCUGUAAGGGCUGGCCAUAAUCCUUCAGAAAGGAAGGAGUCAAUGGAAAGUCAGAGGAGUCACUGGAGUCAGGGGAAAGACUUUGCGUACGGGAUAUUAAAUUGAUACUGCACCUGCCCUUUGGCAGAGUAUCUGGACCAAAAUUCUGCACUCAGUUAUACCAGUGUAAAUCUAAAGAAACUUCACUGACCUCCAUAGUUAGUUUGGAUUCAUGCCAGUAUUGCUGAGUAUAGACUUUGGUCCUCUAGGUUUCUGAAUGUGUAUAGGUUCAGUACAUCACAUUCUGCAGAAAGUGUGACUUAUAAGGUACGUAUAUUCUUUUUUCACCACAUCUUUUAUGAAGGCAAUUUUAACAAUAAUCCUAAUUCAAAGAAACAAAGGUACAAAAGGAUUUGCACCUCUGUGCUGGAUAUUUCAUCAGUUUGUUCUGGGAUCACCAGUUCAUCAGUAUUUCCUUGUAACUAUGGGAACUGAGGCCUUUAGCCAUAAUUUUAACAUUCUGCAUGUUCAUAAGAGAUGGGAGGCACCACUUUGGCCAAACAUUAGGGUUACCAAGUUUAUCUAAAAAGAAAAGGAGUACUUG